UUGGACACUUUAAGCCGUCGUCUACAGGAAAGCGUACAACUUCGAACACAUAAAUACUUCCGGGUUGCCGUACCACAAGCGCUUACCGGGCAAUCGCUGGUUGCCCUUGUGGGAGAAAAGGGCUAUGCCGAAGAUGAAGCUGAAGCUGUACAUUUGGCCACACUUCUACUACAACACGGCUAUCUAUUCCCGGUUAUUGAACCGGCUUUAACUGUACGCGAUGAUGGAACCCUUUAUCGAUUACAACGACCGUAUUUUUGGCCAUCACAUGCCACUCAAACAGACAAUGUGGAGUAC